CUCUCUUAGUCUUAGUUUAGAUUAAGUAUUACUUAGUUAGACUUAAUAUUACACAUGACAAUAUGACAUUAGUAAUAUUUUAGUAUUAGACUAGCUAGAUUGUCACUAGAGCUAGAUUUAGUUUAGACUAGAUCUAGAAUCUAGAUCUAUAAUAAUAAGUAUAUCAGUAUGACUAUGCCCUAUGGCGUAUGAGUAUAUGCCAUUAAAUGGAUUCUAGAUAAUUAUCAUACCCACCUCAGGCACUUGUGUCCAAGUCCAAGUUAUUAGAAUUAUUAUGAUACCUAAACUAAGUCGUAACCAUACUAGACCUAGAAUCUAGAUCUAACCAAUCUAACUAUUACACAGUCACUAUAUUAGAAUUAGACUAUUGUCAGUUAGAUUAUCUAGAUCUAACUAAAAAUCCAACUUUAAUCAUUUCUAAUCUAAGACUAAGAAUAUAGAUAUCUAUCUAGAUUAUACCAGUAUAUAUAUAUGUAGUCAUUUUAGUCUAGUCCAGACUAAACAUACAAAAUACCUAGGUGUUAUAAUAAAUGAAAAACUGUCAUGGAAUCCCCAUAUUGAUGAAACUAUCAAAAAAAGCAUUAGGGUUUAUUAAAGAAAUUUCUAUAAAUCAAAUAGGAACAUAAAACUAAAAUGCUAUUUAACCUUGGUUAGGCCAAAAAUAGAAUAUGCAUCCUCUGUUUGAGGCCCCUCAACUCAAGAAAACAUAUAAGAAACUGUAAGACACAAAAUAGAGCAGUGAGAUUCAUAACAAAUGAAUUUUCACAUUUGACUAGAGUAACGCCUUUAGUACACUGAACCAUAAUCUUCAAAUACAAAAACAAAAUUUAAUAAAAUACUCAGAAAGACACAAAGAUAGAGGCACAAAUUUGUACAAAUGCUCUUUCUUCCCUAGCGCUAUCAGAGCAUGAAAUGGGUUGCCAUAGCUAGCCAGGAAAACCAGUGACUUGGCAGAAUUUAGGUCAUUGGUUAAUAUGCAUGACCCGUAGAACGUAAUCAUCUUCUUUUUUGAAGUAACGUCUGUAUCAUAUGGGUAUCAUAUAAGAUAAGAUAAGAUAGUUAGGACUAGAUCUAGAAAUCAAGACAGACCUCAUAUCUAGAAAUGAAGAAAUCUAGAUUUAGAUUUCUAGAUUUAUGUUAUAGAAUCUAGUUAUAGACCUAUAACUCUGUCUUUACUAUAGAAUAGAUCUAGAAGUCAUUCUAAGAGAGUAAUGAAAAUGAAGUUGUAUUGCCUCUAAUUGAAAACCUCCUGAACUCGGGACCUUCAUGAAGACAAAAUCUACGAAUCUAGAUGUAGAUAGAUCUAGAUCUAGUAACUAGUAGUCUAAGUAGUAAUUUUCUAUUAAUCUAUAAGUAUAAUAUUUAUCUUCGAGAAGUCUUCUAGUCUAUUCCUAAGUUUUAAAUAAAAAUAAUUUCACAUACUGUCAAGAUAAACAGAACUAGAUCUAGCUUUAAUUAGACUUUAGACUUUGCUUUCACCAGAUCUGUAAUAUUAGGAGUUCAGUUUGUAACAGACAGUUUUUCAAUUUCAAAUGGGACAGUUCCAACCUCAGUUUGUUCUAAUGAUUUUUAUGGGAUGAGUGGCAUAAACCACUUGGCUGCCUAUCAAAGUUGGCUUGAGCUCAAAUCCCAACUUGUAGUUUUUGCUGAGUGCUGAGAGGCAGCACUGAAACCUUCUCCCAGAUACCCCCUCUUCCCCAUAGGUAGGCCUACACAAAAGAGAUUGGACCAGAGUGCAUGGAGCAUGCUUAUAGCAUGAAAGUUGUGCUAAACAAAAGUAAUUUGUAAACAAAAGAUGUAUCACAGAAAAUAUUCUCCAUGAACAGAACCCAGCUGAUACCUUUGCUAGCAAGCUACUAAGUAUAGCCAGGAAAGUUGUACCCCUAACCUCUGCAAAUCCAAAACGGCCUAGCAUACCAUGGUUUGAUACAGCUUGCAAAAGUGCUAUUGGCGAUAGGAAAAAACGACUGGCUGCAUUUAUAAAGAAUCCUUUCCAGGAAAACCUAAAGCUAUUCAGGAUAGCUAGAGCAAAGGCUAGACAAACCAUACGGUCAGCCAAAAGAAAUUCCUGGAGAAGUUUUGUCGGCAGUCUGGAUGCCAAAACUUCUGCUAGAGCGGUUUGGAAGGCAGUAAGGUGAAUCAAAGGGAAAGAAUCAAAUGCAAUAGGGCAUUUGAAAAACCAAGGACGAACUGUCACGUCCCCCAGAGAAAUAGCUGACUGCCUUGCAUCCUCAAUAGCAGAAAAAUCAUCCACUGCACACUACACGCCAGAGUUCCAAAAAGUCAAAACCAGGGAGGAAAGACACCCCAUUGAUUUCAGGUCAGAGAACAAUGAAGACUACAACAAACCGUUCUCGCUUGAUGAACUGAGGGAAUCGCUGGACAAGUCACAUGACACAGCGCCUGGAGAAGACGAAAUCCAUUACCAGUUCCUCAAGCACCUUCCCGAACCCUCAUUGGCAGUCCUGCUAGGGGUCUAUAACUGUGUGUGGCAAACAGGCGCUUUCCCAAACAGCUGGAGGAAAGCCACAGUUAUGCCGAUACCUAAACUGGGAAGAGACGGCUCUGACCCAGCUAACUAUCGACCAAUAGCACUAACAAGCUGCAUCUGCAAAACCAUGGAAAGAAUGAUUAACAGUAGGCUGGUCUGGUACCUGGAAAGGAAUAAAGUGAUCUCAAACUACCAGUGCGGAUUCCGGCAGGGGCGGACAACAACUGACCACCUGGUAAGGCUGGAAGCUUAUAUUAGAAAUGCAUUACUCAGAAGAGAACAUCUAGUAGCUGUAUUCUUCGAUAUAGAAAAGGCCUAUGACACAACCUGGAAACAUGGCAUUCUACGUGACCUGGCGCUUAUGGGGCUUAAGGGAUACCUCCCCCGUUUUGUGGAGGAAUUCCUGAAAGAUCGAAAAUUCCAGGUUCGAGUGGGCAACUCCACUUCUGACACUCAUGACCAGGAAAUGGGUGUACCCCAGGGCAGCAUUCUGUCAGUCACCCUGUUCAACAUUAAAAUAAAUAGCAUCAUAAAUGCGCUGUCCCCUGGCAUAGAGUGCUCUUUGUAUGUUGAUGACUUUGUCAUUUUUACUUAUGUGAAAAACAUGAACACCUUAGAAAGAAAAUUACAGUUAUGUUUAAACAAAAUUCAGGGUUGGGCAAACUAUAAUGGUUUCAAAUUCUCAGACUCCAAAACAUUUAGUAUGCAUUUUUGUAAUCUAAGGGGACUCCACCCAGACCCUGAACUAUUUAUACACAAAAAGAAGAUCCCUGUCAUGAAAAUUUUUAGGCCUCACCUUAGAUUCCAAAUUUAAUUUUCUCCCCCACAUUAAGGAACUUAAGAAGAAAUGUCAAAAGUCAUUAAACAUACUAAGAGUACUCAGCCAUUCGGACUGGGGAGCUGACCAGCAAUACCUUGCUGCUGCUUUAUCGGAGUCUAAUUCGAUCCAAGCUAGACUACGGAUCCAUAAUAUAUGGAGCAGCAAAGAAGUCGUACAUAAAAAUACUGGAACCAAUACAAAAUGCUGCCCUGUGUCUCUGUCUCUGUGCGUUUCGUACAUCACCUAUCCCAAGUCUCCAUGUGGAUGCUGGAGAACUCCCCAUGGAUAUAAGAAUGAAAAAGCUUGCAAUGCAGUAUAUAGUCAAGCUAAAAUCCAACCCCAUGAACCCUGCUUUCGACUCCAUAUUUAACCCCACAGAGGUAGAAUUAUACAAUCGAAGGCCUAACGUCAUACAGCCGUUGGGCCUUCGAAUGAGAGAACCCAUCCAAAAUUUAACCCCACCCAUUGACCAAAUCUCUAAAAUAGAAACCCCUCAGAAUCCUCCUUGGCUAAUGAAUAAACCCAAAUUAAAUUUAUCCCUCCUUAAUUUCAAAAAAGAAAAUACAGACCCAAGCAUACUACAAGUCCACUUUAGGGAACUGCAGGAGAGCUACAGAGAUUUUGGCACCAUCUACACAGACUGAUCCAAAAUGGAGGGAAAGAUCGCGUGUGCCUGCUCCUUUCAGAACAAAACAAUCUCCCGUAGACUCCCCGAUGGAUGCUCCAUCUUUACGGCCAAAUUGCAUGCAAUAUUGCUUGCACUUAUGGCCGUAAAAGCAUCAGAAAGGAGGAAAUUUAUAAUCUGCUCCGACUCCAAAUCUGCAUUGCAAGCUUUGGGGUGGAUGAAGACUGACAUCCCAUUGGUACAUAAGAUCCUGAAGCUGUUGGACCAAAUAACAGCCGACCGUAGGGAUGUCACCUUCAUCUGGGUCCCCUCCCAUGUUGGCAUUGAGGGAAGCCGCAGACAGAGAAGCAAAGAGAGCCCUAAAUCAUGCGGUGUCAGGAAUCCAAAUUCCCUACUCGGACCUGAGACAAAGUAUUGCCUCUGCCACCUAUCGAGAGUGGCAGAACCAAUGGGAGGCUGAGACUCACAGUAAACUCAGGCAGAUUGUGGCGGAUGUCAGGUGGCGGCCCAGAUCUAAGGGUCUGACAAGGCGUGGUACCACGACCAUGUUCAGACUUAGGAUUGGCCACACCUACAUCACGCACUCUUUUGUACUGAAGAAAGAGGAGCCCCCAUUUUGUGAGUACUGUGACUCUUGCCUCACCGUGGAACAUAUCCUCGUUGAUUGCCCCAGAUACCAGGAUGUCAGGGCGAAAUAUUUUAGAGCCACUAAUUUAAAAACACUAUUUGAUAAUGUCGACCUUGGGAAGGUACUGGGCUUUAUCCGGGAAGUGGGGCUAUCUACGAAGAUCUGAUUUAUGAAUUUGUGAACAUGCACUAUUUACAUUAGAUUUUUACCAAAUAUUUAAAUUUUUACUACCUUUACUAUUUUAACUGUGAAUAGACCUUGAUUUUAAUGAUAUGACUGUAUAGAAUCUGGCCCUUGUUGUUUAGAGAGAGAGUAGUCCUUAAGGGACUGCAGGCACGACAUGGCCUAAAUUGUGCCGAUGUGCCUCAAAUCAAAAAUCAAAUCAAACAAAAGAUGAAAAUGCUUGCUCACAUUCUGUAUGCUGAUCUGAAGUGAAUUCUCUUUGUUCAGGAAAAUGUUCACAUGAAAAUGGCUUCGAGCUGUUGAAUAGCAAUCAGUUUUGGCCUGACAUGUUUUCACAAUAUUUCCUAAACAGCAGCUCCUACUCAGAUGACUGCAGAGAUGAUAUGCUUUUUUAUAUACGUAAAAACCCAGAUCUCAAGUCCAAACAUGGACACAUACAACCUCUAGUAGAAGUGUACAGAAGAGAUUCCAAACGUCUUCCAACAUUGACUGAGCCAACCAUUGAUUGGGAGGAGACAGUGUAUUUAAAUAUUAUAUUGCACCAGUUUGAGUAUACUCUGACAUGUGGACUGUGUACAAGGACAGAUGAGAAAAACCUUCAAAUUCUGAAAAAGUUUUCCCAGAGAGUGUAUCCAAGUCCAAGUAGGAGAUCCAUGGAUAGUAAAGGAACACAUGAAGAGAUCACUUACCCAAACAUAUUUUUCACUGUGGAUGACUUUGAGGAGGCAUUUCAAGAUCUGAUUGUCCGAGACAGUGAAAGUGUAGCUGUGGAACUGACAGCCAGUGACAAACAGAAACUGUUCUCUGUUGUCCUAUUUUUAGGAUCUGUUAAAUAUGAUGCUUUGAAACGAGUUUAUGAUGGCAGGGCAAGUUUGACUCAGAAAAUAACGCAGAGAAUGUCUAUGGGCCUGAUUAAAAACAAGAAGCGUGUUGAGUUCAUGAAGAUGAGAGGUCCCAGGGGGAAAGGCUGUGCUGAGAUGGCAGUUAGUCGACUCAAAGGUUCUGGGCCAGAAACUCCUGAUUUAGAGAAUUUUCCCGUGGGAGAUUUUGAAGGAAGUGAUCAGGAAGAUCAGUAUGCACAGAGAAGAAUGAGUGAUCCCAGCCAGGGUAUUACUAACUAUGUCCGGGGCAGCUUCAGGCGAGCCCUUAGUAUGAAGAAAUCUAGGUCAGAGACAGCAGGAGUGGAUGCCCCUACUGAUGAGGAUGAAACAGAGGUGGAGGCAGGUACUUUGCAGGAUGAGCUAGCUGAAAGUGAACAGUACAAUGGAUUCUGGGGAAAGUCUUUCGGUCAGGCCUGGCAUUGGUUUAAAGAAAAGAAAAGAGCAUCAUCUAUAGCUUUAAAUGCCAACCUCACUUAUGUCAUGUUGCCUUGGCAUAGAAUUAUUGCAGACUUAUUAGAAGAAAAACAAAAGCCAGUUCUCACACAUUGACUGCAGCUGUUUGAAACACACAGUGUUGUUGUUGUUGUUAGAUUUUCUUCUAGAAUUUUCUUAAGAAUUAUUUGUGAAAACCAGAUCUCAGACCAUUGAGUUACUUCAAACUAUAACUUGCUGAAUAGAGAACCAGCACACAGCAUCAGAAACAAUCAAGCCAACUUACAUACAAGUCUUACUGUUCAUUGGAAGUUUAUUUGCAAUGUUUCUGAGAUGGGCGCCACAGUUGAACUUUGUGACCUGAAGGCAGUUUAUUGCUUUCAAUAACUUGUAAUUUAACAAUAAAGUACUUAGCACGGACAUAACAAUAUGGUACUUAGGACGAACAAAACAAUAUGUACUUAGCAUGGACAUAACAAUAUAGGACUUAGGAGGACAAAACAAUAUGUACUUAUCAUGGACAUAACAAUAUAGGACUUAGGAGGACAAAACAAUAUGUACUUAGCAUGGACAUAACAAUAUGGUACUUAGGAUGGACAAAACAAUAUAUACUUAGAAUGGACAAUCCUUUGUUGUAAACAUUUGAGGAGAAAUGAAAUUGAGAAACACUAGUCUCUAUGUCUACAUACAACUACAAUGUCUAUGUUUGUGCUAUAGAUAUUUGUCUGUAUAGUAAAUGGGACUUUAUUUAUUUAUCAUAAGCAUAAUUAUAAAACUUAAAACUGUGGGGUUUAUUCUUAAUCUAUGAUUAUUAUAUGAUGUUAUAUGUUGUUAUCAGUAUCAGUAUUUUUUUGUCUUUUGAUUGAGCUGUAGAAAGUUGUGUUGAUUUGUUUUGCUAAUUCCAUUCCCAGGGACAUGUUGCAUAGCCAGAGUAAAACUUUGACUAGCAUGAGGUACAUUGGAAAGAACUUUUGGACUAACAGAACAUAAUACUGGCUAAACAAAUUAAGACUGAUUUCUUUGACAGCAAUUAAGUCCUGUCAUAUGAUGGACAUACAAAUUUUUACCUUUAGUAGCAGCUUUUUUUUUCUUUUUUUUUUUGUAAUAAGAUAAAGUUUUUGCUGUUAACCAUUUUUAAGUUCAGGUUGAAUUAGUAGUUAAACUAAAACUUUGCAACUAGCUCCUAUAAGAAUGUUGUGAACUGUAGUUUUCUCCCCUUUUCUUUUGCUUAGUCUGUAUCUUACAAUUCUAGACAAAUGGAGUUCUAUAUUGUUGGCUCUUUCUUAGCUUAUAUGAAUGUCUUGCUUAUACUGAAACUAUUUGUGUUCUAAAUAGCAUAAUGUAGACAUUGAUUAUAGAAUCUGUAUGUAAACAUUUGUCAAGGUUAUUUAUAUAUGUACAUUGAAGUUGUUCUAUAUAUUUACAUAUUUCUUGAUGUAUUUCCAUGGACCCUUCAGACAUUGUGAUUUUUUAUUUUCAAGAAAGAUAACUCUCUGUACAAGAAACACUUUCAUAUGCUCCUGGCCAUAAUUGUGUGUGUCUGUGUGUGUUUUAAUGGAUAAUUGUAAAAGUAUAUCAUUUUAAAGUUCUAUCUACUUGAAAACUUGAACUAGUCCUAUGAAUGACACAACAUUCUGUUGCUCUUAAUGGGCUCUUCUGCUUCACACUUCUUUAGUAAGGGACCACAUUUUAAGAGGCAGCAAUGAUCACAAAAAUAAAUAUAUGUAUUGCAAACAUAAUUAGCUUGUUGUAGUCCAUCCUGGCAUGUUUAGUUCACUGCAUUGUUUGUAUAGCAAAAGUUUCUAACAACAUUAGAGGAUGUCUAGUGUGAGGUCCACAAACUUUGAACCAAAGUCACCAAACUUUUUGUUGAAUUCAACUUAAUUUCAGAAAUCAGUCUGUAAUCUUUUUAAUAUCACAUAAAUUGUAGAUUUGGGCAGAGUGGUACAUAAAUUGUGACCAAGAUGGAAAAAAUAUAAUUGUGAAAUGUUGUUUAUCCUCAUUCAUCCCUGGUUACUAUGGCAAUGCUGUCCAAGAAACUUUUGAAUUGCUGUGCUACUGGUACACUGAAAAUGUUUUUUUAAUCAUAAAAAAAGCACUUUUGUUUUCUUUUUUUUUUUUGUUAUAAAAAAACAACAAAUAACAAGAUUAGGCAUUUAGUUUUUUUCACAAUUUUUGUUUUGAUUUAAAAUAUUUUGAUGAAAUGGAAGUUUAGAAUGAUGUACACUAGAAUGUGAACAUAGACUUUAAAUUAUUUAUAAGCAUUCUAGUUGCAAUUCACUUUUAAUCUCUUAGUAAACAUAAAGUUCAUGUCUAGUUUUGAUGAUUGGGCAGCCUUUUAAUGAGCAGUGAGUAUCUAUAAGAUAUAAAGGAAUACUAGUCUACUCUGUUUCAUAUAUCUUUACAAUUGUACAAACUUUAAAUUAAUUUUCAAUGAAUUCAUAUGUUAUAUUUCUUUUGAAUGUGUCACAUUGUGAUGGUAGAGUUGAGUGGUAUAUCUGCCAAUGUCAUAUAAGUAGUUGCAUUUGUAUCCGACUCAUUGUAAAUAUUGUAGUUAUGUCACUUGUUUGUUAUAUGUAUAUAUAUGCAUUUAACAUUGACAGUAUGUAAUAUAAUGACUUCAUCCAGCCCUUGCACUGGAAUGUAAUGUUACCUAAUGUAUAGACAUCUACCCAAUCAUUAGGUUUUCUAAAUGUUUGUUAGUAGUUUCCCAUUCUGAGACUUUCCUAAAACACUAAACCAAUUUAGAUUGAGAUUUAUUUUCAGGACAUCUAUCCCCGUUUCCUUUUGUUUUCACAUUUGUACACAGAGACACCUUCUUUCCCAACUGAUAUAUUUCUCUUCAAACUACAUUUUGAAAUACAUUCCUAAAGAGCAAAAAGGAAAAGCAAGCUCAAGAAAGUCAUUUUUGUACAAGCUAUUUUGGUUUUUAUUCUAAAAUCUUUGUAGUUUUUUUAAAUUAUGGUCAGAACUUCUUGAGCCAAAAUGACCACUGUGCCUAAACUGCUGUCCUACUUCAGGCUUAACAAUGGGAAAUCUAAAGAAGUAUUUUUACACAUAUACUUGCAUUGUGUAUCAGCUGACAUAUAGUUGUGUUGUAUAUCAGCUGCCACUUUGUUUUGUUCCAUACUUAGAGGUACAAAAUAGAUCAAUUGUCAAAUUUGUUUAAAAAACAACAACAAUGUGAUGACUCUCUAAUUAAAUUGAUCACUUGGAAGAUGUCAAUGACUUUGUGAAACUCCAUUCUACUACCUCUUCUACUCAAUACAUUCUGUAGUCAAGGUGACAGCUCAAUAUACAAUUGAUCUCUUUAUACAAGCAAAAUUAGUUGAUGUGUAGACAUUGUAGCUUUUUAUCUUUUUAUUUAAUUUAAAAAUGUAAAAUAUUAAUAUUUAUCAUUAUCCAACUUUGAAGAUUAAAUUAUUUCUAGAAAUAAAAAAAAAAGAUUUUGAUGCAGAUAUUCUGUAAUAAAUUGUAAUUGGUCAGAACUAUUUGUUCACAAAGCACUAUCCGAACCUGAUGUAAAACAGCCAAAGCUUUGGCCUACUUGAUGAGAGACUACUUUCACAUAGUAGAUAUACAAAGCUAUCAAAACUCAUUUAUACCUCAAUAUCUAGGUUGUUAUUUUUCAACUUAGAUUCAAAUGUUAAAAUGAACAACCAGAACUCUUGUAUAACUCAAUGUCUGAGUUUGUUGGGGUUUUUUUUAACAUCAAUUUAAUUUUGCGAGAUUCCAAUGUUAAAAUGAACAACCAGAUUUCUGGUAUGUCAUAGUUUGUUGUUUUUAACUUUGAUUUUAUUUUGUGGGAUUCAAAUGUUAAAGUGAACAAAACAUGAAAUGAAUCUAAAUGUGUUUCUUUAUACAUUUGUAUAUGUGGAUGUGAGAACAAUGAAAUUGAAAUUAAUGGAAUUUUUGUGACAUCAGAACUAGUGAGGAAUUGUUGGAACCCAAUGUGUUCUGUAUUUAUAUAUCAAAAUGUAAAAUAAAAACACCAACAUACACUCUCUGCUUCCAUUCAUGUACUCACACUGUGAAAUCAGAGACAGAAUUUGUUAAGACUUGUGUGCCACUUCAUUGUGUCAUCCAAAGACACUCUACUUGAGGUCUUCAAAUGUUUCCUAAAGUCAAUCACCUGAUUCGCUUGUUAUUUCUUUAGAAUUUGUUUACAUCUUAGUUGGACUCAUACUUCUGUUUCAAUGCAACUAUCAAUGGAGUGUGGAGUCAAGUGUGGAGAUAAGUCUUGAUGUGUUUCAGCUUUGUGCUUCAUAUUGCAUUGAUAUUAAAACAACUUUUGAACAAACCAUUCUAGUACGUCUGGGCCUACUUUCAUUCUAUUCAGUUAUCUAUGCCUACUUUCAUUCAGUUCAGAGUUAUCUGUGCCUACUUUCAUUCAGUUCAGAGCUAUCUAUGCCUACUUUCAUUCAGUUCAGAGCUAUCUAUGCCUACUUUCAUUCAGCUCAGAGCUAUCUAUGCCUACUUUCAACUAUCAUUCAGUUUAGUUAUCUUUUUAUUUUGUUUGAUACUCUCUCUAGACAAACCACACAAAGUGCAAUGGCUACUAGUAACUCUAUCUUGGUUUAGUGGUUCUACAUGUUUUUCUUUUGUAUUACAGACUAAGUCAUAGAAUGCAAUGUUUCAAAGUUACAUUUUCUAUUUGGUUGCUAAGCAGAUUUUUAUCAGAUGUAUUUUAUUUUCUCUUGCAUCAACAUUGAAUGUUGUUUUUAAAUUUGAUACAAUUUACUUUUUAAUGUACAUUUUGAACUAGUGAUAUUUUGAUCUGUAUUUCUAGUCUAUGGUGGAAUAAAUAAACUUGAAGAAAACAAAAACAUUUGGUUUUGUGAACUAACAUUUUGCUGAAGGAACAAUUUUAUUUUAGUGUUAUUGAGUGGUCAUUAAAAGUAUUUUGACUAAGUG